AUGCCCAAGACGCAGCCCAACCUCUACGCCUUCCCCAGCGUCGACGCCCUCGCCGUCGCCCUGCGGCAGUACGUCGCGCAGAGCCAAAACGCCGGCUUCGCGCGCCACGACACCUUCAAGGUCGCCGUCUCCGGCGGCUCGCUCCCCAAGACGCUCGCCGCCGCGCUCCUCGCCCCCUCCACCAGCCCUGCCGACGCCCUCGACCUCGCCCGGUGGGAGGUCUUCUUCGCCGACGAGCGCGCCGUGCCCCUCGACCACGAGGACUCCAACUACGCCCUUCUGAAGAAGGAGCUACUGGACAAGCUCCCCGAGGAUCAGCGGCCGGCGGUGCACCCGAUCGACGUCGCGCAGCUCGCGGACGCGCAGGAGCUGGCGGACUCGUACGAGCAGACGCUCGUCGCCUCGUUCGCGUCGCGGGACUCGGUGCGCCUGCCCAUUUUUGAUCUCGUGCUGCUCGGCUGCGGGCCCGACGGGCACACGUGCUCGCUGUUCCCGGGCCACGAGCUGCUGCGCGAGACGGCGGCGUGGGUCGCGCCCAUCGAGGACUCGCCGAAGCCGCCGGCGCGCCGCGUCACGCUCACCCUGCCGGUGGUGACGCACGCGGUGCGCGUGGCGUUCGUAGCGACGGGCGCGGGGAAGAAGGGCAUCAUGAAGCAGAUCUUUGAUGCCGCCGAGGGCCUGCCGUGCACGCUGGUCAACGAGGGCGCGGGGGACCGCGCGAGCUGGUUCGUCGACGAGCCGGCCGUCGAGGGCGUCGGCUUCCCCCGCCGUUCGUUCCUGUGA